CCGAUUCGAUCUCGCUGCAUCUCAUACCGCGUUUGAGGCGUAGAUAUCGUCGCCUCAUUGCGCGGUCAUCGGAAGCGGCGAAUUGAGAUCGAGGCGCAAGCGGAGGCGGGAGAAUGGGGGCGAAAUCCAGGGGGUGCAGCGGGUGGCUAAUCUUUAUCGUGGUGGCGUCUCUGAUUGUUGCCGUAAUCGUCUACGCCGUUAAGAAGAAGCAGGAACACAGGGACGCGCUCCCUGUGCCGGGGCCGCCCGGGGCCCUCGAUCACAAGUACGCGGAUGCGCUAGGCGUGGCUCUGCAGUUUUUCCAAGUGCAGAAGUCGGGUAAGCUGGUCGAUAACAAGAUCCCUUGGAGAGGGGACUCUGCGUUGGAUGAUGGAAAAGAGGCAAGAUUGGACCUCUCCAAAGGAAUGUAUGAUGCAGGUGACCACAUGAAGUUUGGCUUUCCGAUGGCAUAUACUGCAACAAUAUUGUCUUGGGCAAUUCUUGAGUAUGGGGAUCAAAUGUCUGCUGCGAAGCAGUUGGAUCCGGCUUUAGAUGCUCUCAAGUGGAUCACAGAUUAUUUGAUUAAUGCUCAUCCCUCCGACAAUGUACUAUAUGUUCAGGUAGGAGAUCCUGAUGUAGACCACAAAUGUUGGGAAAGACCAGAAACCAUGACUGAGAAGAGACCGCUUACUCAGGUUAACAAAACUGCACCAGGAACUGAUGUGGCAGCUGAAACAGCUGCAGCCAUGGCUGCAGCUUCCUUGGUUUUUAAAACUACUGACAGUAAAUAUUCAGAUUUGCUCCUUCAGCAUGCUGAGAAACUUUUUGAUUUUGCUGAUAGCUACAGAGGUAUCUAUAGUCACAGCAUUCUCAAGGUUCAGACGUACUAUAAUUCUACUGGAUACGGAGAUGAACUGCUGUGGGCAGCUAGUUGGCUUUAUCAUGCCACUGGAGACCAAACUUAUUUAAAUUAUGUCACAGAAAAAAAUGGGCAUUCCUUUGCCGACUGGGGUAGACCAACUUGGUUCAGCUGGGAUGACAAACGUGCUGGUACCCAGGUACUUUUAUCCAGAGUGCAAUUCUUUGGUUCAACUGAAUUUUCGAGUGGAGAGAAGAAGGGUCUCCAAUCGUAUAGAGACACAGCCGAAGCUGUUAUGUGCGGCUUGUUACCUGAUUCUCCAACAGCUUCUAGUAGAACAGACGGUGGCUUGGUUUGGAUAGAUGAGUGGGAUGCACUUCAGCAUCCCGUGGCUGCUUCAUUCUUAGCUGUCCUUUACAGUGACUAUAUGCUCACUUCUCGCACACCAGAAAUACAAUGCAGUGGGACAGCUUUUACUCCCUCUGAUCUCCGUAGCUUUGCUGCAUCCCAGGCUGAUUACAUCUUGGGUGACAAUCCGAUGGAGCUCAGUUACCUGGUGGGAUACGGAGACAGCUAUCCUGAACAGGUUCACCACAGGGGAGCAUCUAUUCCAGCGGAUGCAGACACUGGCUGUAAGGGCUUCGAGUGGCUGUCUUCCACUGAUCCAAACCCGAAUGUAGCUACGGGGGCACUUGUGGGAGGGCCAUUCAAGAAUGAUUCAUAUAUCGAUCUCCGAAACAACUCGAUGCAGGGCGAGCCGAGUACCUAUAACAGCGCAAUACUAGUUGGAUUGUUAUCAGGCCUGGUCACCACCUCCUCUGUCUCCACUUCCUUGAGCUGAUGAUUAGCAUGGCUUUUACACACGCCUAUUCAUUAAUUUUUUAAAUUGUGUAAUUUGCUCAUCGGGUGAGUUGUCUUUGCGAUUGUGAUUUUCAGAUAAUCUCGAUUGUUUUGUGCAAUAUGUAGAACAUAUGAUAACAUAUUUCAGAUAAUCAAUGCUACCCUGACAUA